GCUCGUCUGGUCGCAGAGGAAUGAAUGCACCACCUACACUGAACCCACAGCGGCGACCGGCCACACUGUCACAGCACGGAGAGCACUUUUUAACGGGAACCGACUGGAAUUAACUCCUCAGAGACGGAGGAAUACAUAUUUAAAAAGUAUGCGUACCGCUUGUUAUAACACAUAACCGCCUUCAUUCACGUCCGAGGGUCGUUUUCCUCCGAUUCGUGGGUGAUAAAAACAACUUUGCAACUUUUUUUCUCGACCGUCUGUCAGCGAUUCACCUGCGGACGAAAACCAUGCGCCCGAGGGGAGAGCUCUCGCGGUCUGCCCUCCCUCUCCUCUUCCUCCCCCUCCUCUUCCUCCCAGCCGUGGUCCAGUCCGCCCGCCAGCAGUGGCACCUCCAGCGGGUCCCGGUGGUCCUGCCCCUGCAGACGGACGCCCGCCCCGACCCCAGCUUCCUGUCGCCCGCCCACCUGGAGGUCACCUCCCCCUGCGACCCAGAGUGCCACCGGGCGGCGCCCCGGCCCAGCUACUGGGACCUGCGGGAUCUGCUGGCCUUCGAGACGCUGCACAGCGACGGCCACCUCACCGAGACCGCCGUCGGCAUCUACGGUUACGACCCCCGCGCCGACACCAGCCCGGCGUACCUCGUCGCGGACGCCGCCCCGCCCCCGACGAAGACCCCCAAGGCGCCGGUGCGGAGGAGGAGGCAGAUCUUCGGCCAUGACGGGCGCUUCAGCAUCGCGGGGCGGGACCACCUGCUGCAGUACCCCUUCUCCGUGGCGGUGAAGCUCUCCACCGGCUGCUCCGGCACCCUGGUGGGCGAGCGCCACGUGCUGACCGCCGCCCACUGCGUCCACGACGGGAAGAACUACGUCAAGGGCGCCCAGAAGCUCCGCGUGGGCUUCUUGCGGCCCAGCCAACGAGACUCCUCCCCUUCCUCCUCCGCCAACUCCACCAAUCACGCCGAGGCGGCCCUGGGCUCCGCCUACUACUCGCCGCCGUCCAACCACAAGAUGCGCUUCCAGUGGAUUCGCGCCAAGCGCACGCACGUGCCCAAGGGCUGGGUGAAGGGCAACGCCAACGACAUCGGCAUGGACUACGACUACGCGCUGCUGGAGCUCAAGAAGCCCCACAAGCGCCGCCACAUGCGGCUGGGCGUGAGCCCGCCCGCCCAGCGGCUGCCCGGCCGCCGGGUGCAGUUCUCGGGCUUCGACAACGACCGGCGCGGCCAGCUGGUGUACCGCUUCUGCGCGGCGGGCGAGGAGACGGCCGACCUGCUGUACCAGCACUGCGACGCGCAGCCCGGCGCCAGCGGCUCGGGCGUGUACGCGCGCAUGUGGGACCGGCGGCGGCGGCGCUGGGAGCGGAAGGUGAUCGGCGUGUUCUCGGGACACCAGUGGGUGGAGCAGGACGGCGCCACCAAGGAGUUCAACGUGGCCGUGAGGCUCACGCCGCUCAAGUACGCCCAGAUCUGCUACUGGAUCCGCGGCAACUUUGUGGACUGCAGGGAGGGCUGAGGGGGACGGGGGGAGACCUGGGGGGAGAGAGUCUGGGGGAGGGCUGAGGGGGAGACUUUGGGGGAGAGGGGUGGACCUGUACUGGAUUAGAACCUGUUGGAGUGGACCACACACACACACACACGACUGACACACACGCCCGACACACACACACACGACUGACACACACACACACACACACGACUGACGCACACGCCCGACACACACACACGACUGACGCACACGCCCGACACACACACACACGACUGAAACACACGCCUGACACACACGCCUGACACACACACACACACACACGAGAUGAGAGGUGAAGAGCCGGGGACGAUGAGGUCAUGCUUGCUUAAAGAUUCCAGGUGCGAGGAGGCGAUGACACGCGAGAGGCGAUGACAUCAGGGUGACAUCAUGAUGACAUCAUGACGGUGCAGGGCUACCCUGCGCAGGACAUUGAGGAAGACGAGCAGAGCAUCAUGGUUUCACUUUAUACGCUUUAUUCUAAUUAUACUAAGAUUGCACUGUUUCUAAGCCUUGUGGGCAGGUUUCUUCUGUAAACCACUUGUGUUUUAUGUGAAUGAAUGUAGUUUGCUAUUGCCAAAGUGAUACUUGUUGCUUUCAAAAAGGCAAACUAGUACUCUUGAUCCACACAAAGUGUGGAUUUUACUAUUGACGUAUGUAUGCUGCCACCUAGUGGAGAUACAGUACAUUGCACUUGUCCGUCACAGUCAACAGCACCAUUUCUUCCUUUUGAGAAUUUCAAUGUUUCAAAAACCGCAACUCUAGAGUUAACGCAUAGACGUGUUUUGCGCUGUAAAAUGUCACUUAAGCCUAUAUAAUCAUCUAUGCUUUAAUCGUUGAAACAGUUAGACUCCAUUGAGAAAUAAAAAAGGUAAAUAAAUUAAAACAUAAGAAAAAAACA